AUGAGAGAGGUGGCAGGGAAGAGGCAGGGAGGAGGGUCGCCGUGUGCGGCGUGCAAGCUGCUGCGCCGGCGGUGUGCUGAGGACUGUGUGUUUGCACCAUACUUUCCGGCUGACCAGCCUCACAAGUUUGCUAGUGUGCAUAAGGUCUUUGGUGCUAGUAAUGUUAACAAGCUCUUGCAGGAACUCCCGGUGCAACACCGGAGUGACGCGGGUGCAACUUUGGUGUAUGAGGCGAAUGCGAGGGUUCGAGAUCCGCUCUAUGGCUGUGUUGGCGCCAUCUCUUCACUGCAACAACAGGUUGAUGCUUUACAAACACAAUUAGCAAUCGCGCAAGCAUAUAGAUAA